CCGGAUCCCGGCGAGCGGCGUCAGCGGAACGGGCGGCUCCCAGCGCGUCGUAAACAAGGGCCCUCCGCGGCGAGAAGCGAGCUGGAGGCGGGGCUGACGGGCUGGAAGCUGGUAUCAGCCCGAGGCGGACCCUUGCCCGCCCUGCUCGCGUCCCUGCGCCCUCGCUGCCUCUAGCCCGCAACCCCUACUCAAGCGGCCAGAGGCCGUCCUCGCAGAGACGGGCCGGGAGGACAGAAUCCCGGGCGGCGGGGCGCGGCCGUAACACCAAACCUUUCGCCGCCGCCGCACGUCUCGUUCUUUUCCUUUGUCUUUUUCUCCUCCGCGGGUGCGGGGAUUCCUGGUGAACCGAAGUGCAGCCUCAAGAUGGCCGAUGGCUACGAGGACCUGCGGGAGGACGAGCUCCCAGGGCCAGCCUACGAAGGCUACGAAUCCGCGGAGCUCGCCUGCCCCGCCGAGCGCAGCGGCCACGUAGCCGUCAGCGACGGGCGCCACAUGUUCGUCUGGGGCGGUUACAAGAGUAAUCAAGUCAGAGGAUUAUAUGACUUUUAUCUGCCUAGAGAAGAACUCUGGAUCUACAACAUGGAGACUGGAAGAUGGAAAAAAAUUAACACUGAGGGUGAUGUUCCUCCUUCUAUGUCAGGAAGCUGUGCCGUGUGUGUGGACAGGGUGCUGUACUUGUUUGGAGGACACCAUUCAAGAGGCAAUACAAAUAAGUUCUACAUGCUGGAUUCAAGGUCUACGGACCGAGUAUUACACUGGGAAAGAAUUGACUGCCAAGGAGUUCCUCCAUCAUCAAAGGACAAACUCGGUGUCUGGGUAUAUAAAAACAAGUUAAUAUUUUUUGGAGGGUAUGGAUAUUUACCUGAAGACAAAGUAUUGGGAACUUUUGAAUUUGAUGAAACAUCUUUCUGGAAUUCAAGUCAUCCAAGAGGAUGGAACGAUCAUGUACAUAUUUUAGACACUGAAACGUUUAUCUGGAGCCAGCCUAUAACUACUGGUAAACCACCUUCACCUCGUGCUGCCCAUGCCUGUGCGACUGUUGGAAACAAAGGCUUUGUGUUUGGAGGCAGAUACCGCGAUGCUAGAAUGAAUGACCUUCACUAUCUUAAUCUGGAUACAUGGGAGUGGAAUGAACUAAUUCCACAAGGCAUAUGCCCAGUUGGCCGAUCUUGGCACUCACUAACACCAGUUUCUUCAGAUCAUCUCUUUCUCUUUGGAGGAUUUACCACUGAUAAACAGCCACUAAGUGAUGCCUGGACAUACUGCAUCAGUAAAAAUGAAUGGAUAAAGUUUAAUCAUCCCCAUACUGAAAAACCAAGAUUAUGGCAUACAGCUUGUGCCAGUGAUGAAGGAGAAGUUAUUGUGUUUGGAGGGUGUGCCAAUAACCUUCUUGUCCAUCACAGAGCUGCACACAGUAAUGAAAUACUUAUAUUUUCAGUUCAACCAAAAUCUCUUGUAAGGCUAAGUUUAGAAGCUGUCAUCUGCUUUAAAGAAAUGUUAGCCAACUCAUGGAACUGCCUUCCAAAACACUUACUUCACAGUGUUAAUCAGAGGUUUGGUAGUAACAACACUUCUGGAUCUUAAGGCUUCAUAGAUAAUGCCUCUGAUCACUUGCAUGGACAUCAAUUCUGUAAACAUCAGAGUGAAAUCAUUUGUAUAAUUAUAUACACUGUUGUAGUUUGCAGCUUUUUAGUUUUAAUGUGCAUGUGAAUGGCCUAGAGAACCUAUUUUUGUGUCUAAAGUUUACAAUAAAUGUAUUUAACAGCAGAA